AUGGACCUGCUGCCCGAGGAGCCGCACCGGCGCGAAGCCAACCUCUUGAGCAUCGAGGACAUCCGCUCCGAGAUGAUGCGGUACGGCAUUCCCGCGCACGAGAGCAUUCCCAACACGCUCGUGAUCCUGCAGCGCAAAUUUGACGACGAGUUCAACACGCAAAUGACGACGUAUGCCAAGAUCAUGGAACGCUACCGCCGCAAGAAGACCAAGAACGAGAUGGCGGCGCGCGCCGAGCGCAUUGUGGCCGAAGACACGGCCGCGCUCGCUGCCAACCCCAAGAUGCGGAUCCUCGUCGACCAGGUGCUCGCGCACGAGACGAACGCGAGUCUCACAGUGCGCGGCGUGGACGACGCGACGUGCCGCGCCUUUCUGCACGCGAUGGAAGCCAACACAUCGGUCUUGACCCUCGACCUGUCCAACAACGCGCUUAGCGAAAGCGUCGCCGAGGCGAUCGCGAGUCUCCUCCGGCACAACCGGUCGCUGCAAACACUCGAUUUGGGGGCCAACCACUUGAACUCGCCGUCGCUUCUCGUGAUCGGACCGGCCCUCGCCGCGAACAACGUGCUCACGUCGAUCAGUUUCGAGUCCAACCCGCUUACGAGCCAUAACAACGCAGUGGACCUCUCGGGCUUCGAAGUGCUUUGCGCCAACGUCUUUAGCAACACGACGACGCUGCGGUCGGUCAACUUUUUCCGCUGCGGCCUCAACGUCGAAGCUGGCCGGAUGCUCUCCAAGGCGCUGCUCUUCAACGAGUCGGUGAUUGCCCUCGACAUUGGCUGCAAUGCCAUGUCGGACAAGGAGCUCGAGAUCAUUGCGAUUCAGCUCGAAGAGAACCGACUUGUCCACGACCGAAUGCAAGCCAAAGUGUAUGCGCUCAAAAAGCAAGUGGCCGCCGACGCGGACGCCAAAUACGACGCCAAGUGCGCACUCGAGAAGGCCGAGGCGAUCGCCAAGUGGCACGACGACAACGCGGCCGCGCGCCACGCCCAGUACGAGCGCGACGCGAUUGACGCCGCGCGGCGCAAGUGCGAAGAGCACGCGCGUAUCCAAAAGCAAAUCGCUGAGAAGGAGGUCGCGCGCAAGUGGCAGGAGGAUGACGCGCGCUUGAAAGCCGAAGCCAAAGCCAAAAAGAAGAAAAAGUAG